AUGCUCACCUUGAUUUUCCUCUUCUUGUUCCUGAACAUUCCACUUCUUGUGGCUGGUUUUAAUUCUCCCAGAUGCUUUUGGAAAAUGAAGUAGAAUGAAUACAGGGGUAGAAACCAUGGUACAGGAUGUAUCUUCCUGAUUCUUGCGAUACAACAGCCUGUAAAGAAAGAGUAUUUUAGUCAUAUUUUGAAUAUACAAACUCAUACUGAAAACCACAAGUAUGCUCUGGCUUUGGCUUUUUCCAUAUAUGAAAUCAACAGGAACCCUGAUAUUUUGCCAAAUAUGUCUCUAAUAUUUAUAUUCUCAGCAGACAGUUGUGAGUGGGAAUCUGAAUUGAGUCUCAUUCCUAUUGGUUUACAAAAUUCUGAUAAUCUCCCUAAUCAUUUGUGUGAAGAAUUAACCAAAUGUAUACUGGCCCUUACAAACAUGAAUUGGGCAACAACUGUGACACUUCAUACAAUCCUAAGUAACUUCAGGUCUGACCAGUUCCUUCAUAUUACUUAUGGAACUUUUCAUCCUGUCCUGAGUGAUCAUGAAAAAUUUCCCUAUCUACAUCAGAUGGCCUCUGAUCAUACAACUCUAGCCCUUGCCCUGGUAUCCUUCAUAAUUCUUAGUUGGAACUGGGUAGGGUUGGUCAUCUCAGACAGUGAUCAAGGUAUCCAAUUUCUCUCCUAUUUGAGAAGAGAGAUGGAAAAAUAUACAGUCUGCUUUGCCUUUGUCAACAUGAUUCCAGUCAACAUGAAUUUAUACAUGUCAAGAGCUGAAGUGUAUUACAACCAAAUCAUGACAUCAUCCACAAAUGUUGUCAUCAUUUAUGGUGACACAGACAGUACCUUAGCUGUGAACUUUAGAAUGUGGGAAUCCCUAGGUAUACAGAGACUAUGGAUCACCACCUCACAGUGGGAUGUCAGUGCUAGUAUGAAAGACUUUACAUUUGGUAACAAAUAUGGGACUUUUGCCUUUGAAUGACACCAUAGUGAGAUUUCUGGGUUUAAACAUUUUGUCCAGACAUUGAACUCUGUCAAAUGCUCAGAUGAGUAUCUGAUAAAGCUGGAAUGGAUGCACUUUAACUGUGAGGUCUCAGCCUCUAAAUGUAAGACACUGAAGAACUGCUCAUCCAAUCACUCAUUUGAAUGGUUAAUGGUACAUACUUUUGACAUGGCUUUUAUUGAAAAGANUUAUUACAUAUACAAUGCUGUGUAUUCUUUUGCCCAUGCACUCCAUCAGAUGACUUUUCAAACGUUUGGUAAUCUGCCCAAGGACAAUGGGAAAGAACGCAAUUAUAGCUGCAAGAAGCUGUAUUCCUCUCUGAGAAAGAACCACUUCAUUAAUCCUGUUGGAGACAGAGUGAAUAUGAACCAAAGAGACAAACUACAGGAAGAGUAUGACAUUUUUUACAUUUGGAAUUUCCCACAGGGCCUCGGACUUAGAGUUAAAAUAGGGAUGUUUAGUCCCUAUUUUCCAAAUGGUCAACAGGUACAUUUAUCUGAAGAUAUGCUAAAGUGGGCAAAAGGAAGUUCACAGAUGCCAACUUCUAUGUGCAGUGCUGAUUGUGGUCCUGGAUCUAGAAAAUUUGGGAUGGACGGAAUGGCAGAAUGCUGUUUUCAUUGCAAACCCUGCCCAGAAAAUGAAAUUUCUAAUGAGACAAAUGUGGAUAAUUGUAUCCAGUGUCCAGAGGACCAAUAUGCUAACACAGAACAGAAUCACUGCAUUCAUAAAGCUGUUGUAUUUCUCAGCUAUAAAGAACCAUUGGGCAUGGCACUUUCCUUACUCUCCUUGUUCUUCUCUGCAUUUACAACUGUGGUUCUUGGGGUCAAUGUGAAGCACCACAAUACUCCAAUUCUUAAGGCCAAUAACAGAACUCUCACCUACCUCUUGCUUAUCUCACUCAUCUUUUGUUUCCUCUGCCCUUUGCUCUUCAUUGGCCAUCCAAAUGCAGCCACCUGCAUUCUACAACAACUCACAUUUGGAGUUGUAUUCACUGUUUCUCUCUCCACUGUCUUGGCUAAAACAAUUACUGUAGUUCUGGCAUUCAAAAUCACAACCUCCCAAAGAAUGAUGAAGUACUUUCUAGUUUCAGGGGCAAUUAACUAUAUCAUUCCCAUUUGUACUCUCAUCCAAGUUAUUGUAUGUGCAGUCUAGCUGGAAGCUUCUCCUCCUUCUGUUGAUAUUGAUGCACAGUCUGAGCAUGGACACAUCAUCAUUGUAUGCCACAAGGGUUCAGUCAAUGCAUUUUACUGUGUUCUGGGAUACUUGGCUAUCCUGGCCUUUGGGAGCUUCACUCUGGCUUUCUUUUCCAGAAACCUUCCUGGUGCCUUUAAUGAAGCCAAAUCUAUAACAUUCAGUAUGCUGGUGUUCUGCAGUGUCUGGGUUACUUUCAUCCCUGUUUACCAUAGCACCAAAGGCAAGAUCAUGGUGGCUGUGGAGAUCUUCUCCACUUUGGCUUCCAGUGCAGGGAUGCUGGGAUGCAUCUUUGUCUCUAAAUGUUACACAAUAUUGUUUAGACCAGACCAAAAUUCUCUUGAAAUGAUCAGGGUGAAAUCAUCUUCCAAUGCUCAUGUUUCAUAA